AUGAAACCAAGAAAAGCACCAUUGGCAUCUGAUAACACAGAUAAACUUAGUGAUUUACCAGAUGCCCUUCUUCAUAAAAUCUUAUCAUUCAUUAAUAUGACGUCUGUAAUUCAGAACAGCAUUUUGUCCAAAAGAUGGAGGUAUCUUUGGAAAUCUCUUCCUACUCUGAAGUUCCACUCGGAUGAUAUGUAUCAGAAAUCUUUUAGGAACCUAUACAUGAGAGAGGAGGAUGUCAUCGUGUAUUUUAUUGACCAGGUAUUAGCUCGUCGUGAGAGAUCUGAUAUACAGAGACUUGACAUUGUUAUUUAUGAUGUUAAAUCUUAUUUUGGAGAUCAUCUUUAUUCAUGGAUACAUGUUGUUGUAGACUGUAAUGUUCAAGAACUAUCUAUUGAGAUUUGGGAUAAUCAACAGGUUAAGAUUCCUGCUUGUCUAUUUACUUGUACAUCUUUAACCAAAUUUGAAUUAGCAGUGAAUGGUAGGCAUAAUUAUGGGGAAAUAUUUCUACCUGAUGCUAUAGAUUUACCUAGGCUCAAAUGUCUGAAGUUUGAGGGACUUGGAUUUGAAGAUGAAGAUUUAACUGACAAGUUCUUCUCUAAGUAUCCUAAUCUUGAAUCAUUGAAAAUAGUAGAUACUUACAUUGAGUUCGAUAUCUACUUUCCAAAUCUCGAAGUGUUUAUACUAGAAUUUAAUGAUGUAAGGUGUCCAAUGGCUACACUACAAGAAGAUUGGUAUGGCAGCAGCAAUACUAUCAAGUUAAUUGCUCUGAAACUGACAUUCUUAAGAUGCAAAGGUUUGAUAUCGGAAGACAACGUCAUAGAGAACCUUUCUUCUAUUAAAACUGCUGACAUUGAUAUCAAAUUACUAGAAGAUAUGCGCUGGUACCAUAAUGGUUUAGAAGAAGAAGAUUCAGGGCUUUCUGCAGAGGAUGUAGAAUCUGGUAAGCUUAUGGUGAAAUUCUUAAGUGCGCUCAGUGAUGUGAAGUUUCUAACGCUAUCUCACAGAGUCCUCAAAUUGGAUCCUCCUCCAGCAAGAACUGGUUCAGGACAGCCAAGGAAGGUUAGUGGUAAUGACAUUAUUAUAAUUGUAUUUGUAUUAGAUGCUUUUGAUGGUGGUGGAAGGAUUCAUAUACCAUCAAGAGCUCUCAUUGACCUGCCCGAGGAUAAGUGGUAA